AUGCCUGCAGUUGAGCUUCGUACCACUGCUCCGGCUCAGGAGACUAGUGGCACCGUCCACAACCCGCUUCCAUCCCUUUUGCACACACCAUCAGGAUUGGCUAUCGUCGAGAUUCAAGGCACAAUCCAUGGUCCAUUCCAGAAUCUCGCAACAGAGGACUCAUCCCAGUCAACAGCUGUGCAUCCGAUAGGCCGCCUUGAGUUCCCGCUGUACAAGCCCCAAGACGCCAACGAGGGCAAGUGGAUGAAGAAAGUCUACCUUUACAUCGGCAGGCACCAGAGACUGACCGGCGAGGUUAAGAAGCUGGCCAAACCGCUGGCUGUUCUUCAGAAAAUCGACGAGAAUGAUCAGAAGAGCGAGAACGAAAGUGAUGAAGCGCUGGAGAUUGUGGACGUUGUCAAGUUCAAGCUGCUGUUUAGUGCGAGGCCGGAGCCAGUUGGGGAGUGA